CCGCAAACAAGGGCAUAGCCCAAGGAGAGGAGAUGAGGAUUUUCUCUUCGCUCAUACAGCCUCGACUCUUGGUCAAGCGAAGGGUCAUUGAACCAUGGCUCCACAGUUAAAAGCAGACGCACUCCAGCGCCGUCGGCAGUGGGAUGCACUCACACCUGCAUUAUCAGAAUGGAUCCUCGAUGCAAUAUUAUUCCUGGGUUUCACAAAAACCACUCCCGUACAAGAGGCCGCCAUUCCGAUGUUCAUGGGAAAUAAGGAUGUAGUGGUGGAGGCGGUCACAGGAUCCGGGAAGACUCUGGCCUUUCUGAUACCCGUCGUGGAACGACUACUUCGUCUGGAUGCUCCAAUUAAAAAGCAUCACGUGGGAGCCGUUAUCAUUUCUCCCACGAGAGAGCUUGCCACCCAAAUUUAUACUGUGCUUCUCUCCCUCCUUAGAUUUCAUGCUCCCUCAGCAACCUUGAUGAGUCACGAAGACGAGAAGGACAUCGAAGAAGCUGAUGCCGAUUCUACCCCUCCUCAAAAGUUCCCAACUUCAACUCUCAAAGUCAUCCCACAACUCCUUCUUGGCGGCGCGGUCACUCCAGCACAGGACAUGAGUGCAUUUCUGAAGAGGUCACCCAACAUCCUCAUCGGUACUCCUGGACGACUUCUAGAACUUCUUUCCUCCCCACAUGUCCACUGCCCACAGUCGUCCUUUGACGCUCUGGUUCUAGACGAGGCAGACCGUCUUCUUGACCUUGGAUUCAAAGAGGACUUGCAGAAGAUCCUGUCUCGACUUCCGAAACAGCGUCGAACAGGUCUCUUUAGCGCUAGUGUGAGCGAGGCCGUAGACCAGCUUGUGCGGGUUGGACUCCGAAAUCCAGUGCGCAUUGCAGUAAAAGUAAAGGCACGAUCCACGAUUGGGGGACAAAGUGGAGUAGAAGGGAAACUGGAAGACAAACGGACACCGGCAAGUCUACAAAUGUCAUACAUUGUCACACCUCCGUCCCACAAACUCCCUACCAUCCAGAAGCUGCUCACUUCUUUACAACCUAAACCACAUAAAUCUAUCCUCUAUCUCGCAACAUGUUACUCCGUCGACUACUUCCAGCAUAUUCUUCCCUCUAUCUUCCCUGGACAAACCAUUAUUCCCCUCCAUGGCAAACACCCCGACAAGGUCCGCCGCAAAAACUUCUCCAAAUUCGUCGACAGCCUCACAGCCUCCAUCCUCCUAACCACCGACGUUGCAGCACGCGGACUCGACAUCCCAUCCGUUGACCUUGUCCUCCAAUUUGACCCCCCAAGUGACCCCAAAACAUUCAUCCACCGUUGCGGCCGCGCUGGGCGAGCCGGACGCAAAGGUCUCGCUAUCACAUUUCUUACCCCCGGUCGCGAAGAAGACUAUAUUGAAUUCCUCCGCGUUCGACAGACACCUAUAACACCCCUUACUACCCCUUCAAUCUUAAUCUCCUCUACUGAUGCCAAAACGGCCAGCAGGCAGAUAAGAGAAGUUGUAACAGGCGACAGAACUCUCUACGACAAAGCCCAACGUGGUUUCGUGUCCUGGGUCCGCGCAUACAGCAAGCACGCUGCAAGUUCCAUUUUCCGCAUCAGCGAUUUAGAUUGGGCCGACUUGGGCCAUGCAUGGGGCCUCCUCAAACUCCCCAGCAUGCCAGAACUAAAGAAAUGGGAGGGUGACCGCACCCUCGGCGUGCAAAUUGAUUGGGAUGCGUAUGCGCACAAGGAUAAGCGUCGCGAGAAUCAGCGACUUUUGGAAAGGAAUCGUGAAGGGAAAGAUGAAAGAUUGGUUUUGCAGGAGAAGAAGGCUAAGCAGAAGUUGACGGCGUGGAGUCAAAAGACAGAGCAGCGAGCGACAAAGGAGGUGCGGCGGGAGAAGAAACACGCAAAGAGGGAACAUGACCGUAAGGAGAAAAUGACAGAGGAUGAAAGAAGGAAAGAAGAUGAGCUGAAAGAUAUGAUUGCGCAGGUGAGGACGAAGAUUGUUGAGGAGGAGGCGGAAGAGUUCGAAGGGUUUAGCGAUUGAGGCUUUGGCCUCUGAGAGACAUUCGUUAUUUCGCUAUACAUAGCGAUCGAAGCGUAUCUACAUAGUAAUAGAUUUUUUAACUAAACC